AAGCAGUCUCCAGCAGUGUGUGGGUAGUGUGGGUUUGUUGGUUUGCAGUUGCACGUGUUAUUGGAAGUUGAGGUUAUGUGUAAAUUGGAAUUAAUGUGGAGAAGAUAACAGAAUGAAAGCUUCUAACAUAUGUUAAGAGCUUGGUCGUUGUGAUGAUUCAGAGUUACUAUAAUUGGAGGUUUUGUGUGUAAUUUCUAAAUAAGUGUUGUUUGUGAAAUAAUACUUAUUAAAUCUGCAAUCUUGAAUUUGUACGUCAGUUCAUUUUCUUUCAAAAUGGCUAAGGGUAAUUUUGUAGAUCAAGAAUUCGAAAAAGAAUUCCCUUUAGAUGAUGAUCAAGCAAUAAGGGAAGAAGAUCAUGGAAAGUUACUACAAUCAAUUGAGAUGAUGGAUAGUCAACUAAGAAUUAAACCUCCUACACGAACAGAGCCAAGUUUCAAUGUAUCAGAGUUUGACCUAGCUCCAAUUAAAGGAGGGGGUGUACAUUUAAAAGAGCUUGCACAUGCUCUUGAAGUAAAAGGAAAAGCCUUUGACUCCGAAGUUGCUACAAAAAUUCGGACACUUACAAAAACCAGUGCCACUCUACAGAAGCCUUUAGAAAAAAACCAACAAAAAAAGAUCAAACGUGUUGUUGCUUACAACAAUUUGACCCAACAAGUGUCUCGCUGGGAUGCUGCUGUACAGACAAACAGAGCAGCUCGCACCGUCACAUUCCCUAUGAAUAUCGAACCAGUUACUGUAAAAAAUGCCUCUGAAGUUGCAGAGUUGUGGCAGUCACAGUCUCAGAAUGACUUUGAAGCAGGACUCAAUGCAUUGCAUGGAAUGAGUAAAGUUUAUCAAGAGGAUACAAAGGUGGAACAGAAGUUCAGGAUGACUUUGGCUGAGCUGCGAAUGAAACGUCGAGAGAUAGCCAAGUUGCGUGCUCAGCAGUCUUACCAUCGCAUGUUGCGCCGAGAGAAAAUGCAAAAGCAGCUGAAAGAGUUUGAGGCCCUCCAAAAGACAGAUCCGGAAGCUGCGCUGAAGCGUCUGGAAGAGUUGGAGAGAGUACGUGCUGAGGAGCGCAUGACCUUGCGUCACAAGAACACGGGCCACUGGGCUCGCAGCCGUCUCAUCCGGGCAAAGUAUGAUCCCCAGACACGUCAGCAGUUAGCAGAACAAUUAGCUGUAAGUCGUGAUCUCACUAAAAAACUGAAGGUUGGCGAUAGUAGUGAAGAUGAGGAAACUACAAAGGAGCCCAUGAAAGCAAUACCUGGGGAUGAAGAUAAUCCUUGGAUUACUGUAAAAACCUCAUCAGAAAUUGAUGACUUUCUGAGUGGGUACCGAAAGUAUUGGGAUGAACGUAACAAAAAUGCUGAAACAAAGGAAAAUGCUGAAGAUAAAGAAAGUGACAAGAAUAAAAGAGUGAAAAAGAAAGAGGAAGAUGCAAUUGAUCAUUCCAAUGAGAAUGAAAGGAUGGAUCAACUGUCAAAGGCACAGGUAGGUGAUGGUGUGGACGAAUGUGAAGAAACAAUUUGUCAUGAAAGCCUGCAGGCAGAGGAAGGGAGUGAAAUUGAGAGUAAUGAUGAGGGACAUUCAAUAAACAAUACAUUGACAGUAAACAAACAUGAGAAUGAGUUUCGCAGCUCAGAAGAAAUAGAUACGACCGAUAAAGAAUAUGAAAAUGGCAAAUACGAAGAUAACGAGGAAGUCAGUUCUAAGGACACAGAUGAUAACAUGUACACUAGUACAGUUCAAAUAAAAAAUGGUUCUGUUGUGAAAACAAAACUUGGUAGAAAAUCAAAACGAAAGAAAAUUCCUAAAUAUGAAGUGAAAGCUACUUGUCAGUCAUGGAUCAUUACACCCAUUUCUAAUUCAGAGAAAUGUGUUUCUACUGAAAAACAGGGAGCUGAGAUACUGGAAGCUGAAACAUCUAAAAUUCGAACAUCAGAUGAAAGAGUUAAAGCUUUCCUCGCUUCAGUCUUACCAGAGACCUUAGAAAAUGAAGAGAAGAAGAAAAAGAAAAGAAAAUCGACUUUGGACAAAAUGUUUGAUGAAGUGGAAAACAAUAUUUCCACAAACUUCGAAGACAGGUUCAAGAAACUAAAAUCCCACUUUGGUUCAGAAGUUAAAAUUGAUCAACGAAUGCGCAUGAUGGGCUCUGGAGGCCGUGAGGAGGAGGAGAACGACCUGGGCGCUUCUCUUGCUGUGAAAAGCAUGAAGGAGGCCCGUCCCCAGGAGGACGUGGAACUCCUUGAAGGAGCUGUAGAGACAUCUGGAGCAACCACAGACAUAGAGAAACUCAAAAAGACAGCAUCAGGCAUAAACUCUGCCACAUUCUCGGGUGUUUCCAAUGGUGGCAGUGGUGGCAGUAAAGGCAGCGGCAGAGUGAGUGGAAACAGUAAUGCUCCAGCAGGUGCCAAUUCUAAAUCUGCAGAAAAGAAUAUCAAUCCUGAGAAGUUCAUAGCUGCUAAACCAAAAGUGCUUCUGACAGCAGCUCCAGAGCUAACAAAUGCUGGUGAAGAAGCAUUGGAUGAUGAGAUGGAAGAAGAUCAGCAAAAAAUCAUCACUGAAGCAUUUGCUGAUGAUAAUGUAGUGGAUGAUUUUGAGAAAGAAAAGGAGGCAGAUAUUAAGAAAUCUCAACCCGGUGAAAUUGAUCUUUCAUUGCCAGGAUGGGGUGAAUGGGGAGGGGCAGGUAUUGUUGCAAAGAAAAAGAAAAGUAGAUUUGUCAUCAAGCCGCCUCCUGCUCCUCCCAGGAAAGAUGCUGAUAAGUUAAAUGUUAUUAUAAAUGAAGAGAAAGCAGAGGGAAUUCGGGAACAUCAGAUAUGGGAGAUACCUGCACCUUUCAGAUCAGUAAAAGAUUUUGAAGCAAGCAUCAGAGCUCCUGUUGGUAGGACAUGGGUUCCUGAAACUGCACAUAAAAGAAUAAUUGCACCUACUGUAGUUACAAAGAGUGGAGUAAUCAUUAAACCAAUGAGUGAGGAAUUUCUUGUAAAUAAAAAAGCAUUGUUGGAUUUUGCUGAGGUGGCCUGCUGCGGCGCAAGGAUGGCGGAGCCGGAAGGCAAUAGUAGUGUGCAGUUUUUUGAAGGUGUCGAGAAACUGCUGGAGAUAUGGUUCGCAAGAACCGAUGGGAAUACAAAUCAGUGCGAUUUACGGAAUAUACCGAGUGAAAGCAGUAUGUUUGUGGCUCAAAGACGUUUUAUUUUAAAGACAUGUGGCACUACAACUCCAUUGCAAUGCCUCAAACCAUUAUUGGUUCUGGUUCAGCAGUAUGCAGGAUUUGAUGAUGUAGAAGAUGUAUUUUAUUCUCGUAAGAAUUUCAAGAGACCUGAUCUACAAAUGAGUCCACAUCAGGCAUUUGAACAAGAAGUUGCUUUGUUGGAUACGUUUUUUGAAAAUGGAUCAGCAUAUUGUAUGGGAGCAAUGAAUCGUGAUUGUUGGUAUUUGUACACACUGAAUCCACUGUCAGGAGAAAAUAAUAAAAAGCUGCAUGGAGGUAUCACAGAGCCUGAUCAGACAUUGGAGAUUUUGAUGACAGAACUUGAUCCUGAGGUGAUGAGUAUGUUCACACGUGAGGAGUGUGCGACCGCAGCAGAGGCUACCCAGAAAUCUGGUAUUGAAAAAUUGAUUCCAAAUAUGGAGGUUGAUGAUUUUUUGUUUGAUCCCUGUGGAUAUUCCAUGAAUGGGAUUAUGAAAAACGGUUGUUACAUGACAAUUCAUAUUACUCCCGAGCCAGAAUUUUCUUACGUCAGCUUUGAAACAAAUGUGCCACAAACUUCAUACAAAGAUGUGAUCUCACGGGUAUUGGAGACAUUCCAGCCAGGAAAAUUUGUGUUGACAGUAUUUGCUAAUCAGACGUCCUCCGCAUCGCAAACGCCAAGGGAGUUGCUGAAAACCUCUUCCUUCAGUGAGUGGAUGCGCCGUGACAUUCAGUUCUGUCGGUUUAAGAACUACGAUCUCACGUAUGCCUUCUACUCGAAGUUUCCGAGCUGAGGGUCCGCGGAGGCCCGAAGCGCACCUGGAAGCUCUCUAGGUGUUGCUCGGCGCCUUUUGGGGCCCUCCCCUGCCCCCCAACCCCUCUCCCCACCCCCUGCUAGUGUUAGUUUUAAGAAAUAUAACAGUGUUUGUUGUUACCCUCUCCAGUGCUUCUUUAUUGUUAAAUUUAGUGUAACUACUCAUGACUUGGUACAGAAUGUGUGGUGUCGCUGUCUUGCCAUGUGGCAGGCAGGCCUGGCAUUGGUAUCCCAUAUGUUUCUGUGUAGUUGUUGGCACUGUCUGCACCUGCCUCCCUUCACUCUCGCUCCCGCACUCUCCUCCCUUUUCCUUGCCGCCAUCAGUCCAAACCUUGUGUACAUGUGGUGGCGCAACAAGAUAUCUUGAGCAGUGAGCCCUGGUAUCUCCCCUAAAGUGGCGUGAAUUUGCAGAGAGCCGUGAGCCUCACCUAUGAGGGUGACACGGUAGCCCACCUGGUUGGCCUUGCAUUGUGACCCGUUCCUUUGUUUGCCGUUUUGUUUUUGUGGGCUGGUAAAGGAAGUAGUGGAUGUUGAGUUGCAUCCAGUUGGUGUCCUUUACAUCUUGACAAGUUUGUUGCAUUACAUGUUGGUUUUUUGUUUGUGCCAAACUUGUGUUUUAUAGUGCUGUAAAGAAAAGGAAUUUUUUAUUGUCCUGUGAGGAAUAGUGGUUUGUGAAAGAUCUCCACAGGCUAUUUCAUUGUACUUACGCAAUUCUGUUCAUAGUUUUAUUUCUUGUAUUGGCUGCUGAAGUCAGUCUUAUGGGCAGUUUUUGUGGGGUACCAAGCAAUUUAAUUUUACAAACUAGUUCUGAUUCCCAAGAACUGAAUAGUAUAGACUUAGAUAUUUUUUAUACACUUCGGUCUGUCUUUGGUUAGGUUUAUUUUAUAGGAUCUAUUGAGAGCGAUAAAGAGUGUAAGAUGGGUAAUGUUUAAUCAGUGUUGUGCAAGUAAGACAAUUGAUAUUAUGUGAAUAUUGCAUUCCUUGUGUGUGUUAUAGCUUGCAUUGGAUUAACACUACAGUUUUGGUCAACACAGUUGGAAAAAAUUUUGUUUUCUAUAAAACUAGAAGGGAUUCUUAAUUUCUAGUUGCAGUUUCACAAAAUUUUAGUGAUUUCCUUGAUUAUCUAAGGACUUUCGCCCCAUUGAAUUUUAGAAGUUAUGGAAAAUGCAAAUAUUUUCAUUUCUGAGAAUAUCCUUUAAAAUGCUUGGCAUGUGCAUUAUGGUGAGCAUGUAAUUCGAUUUUAAUUGUUUGUGUGUUUUUGUUGGAAAUUUUGAGGUUGGCAUCAUGAAUUCACAAUCUUAAUUUUUGUCUUGAAAUACCGUCCAACAUGUUGACAAAAGCAGUGGUGUAGAUAUUGCUAAUGGGCAUACAGAGACUAAAUACCAUUAAAUAUAGAAAGGUGUCAUAUUGCCCAAUAUUUAAUGGUAUUGUUUGAAGGUCCUCAUGUUGUUUAAAGUAAAAUUUAAUUGAAGGAAAUCAUAUGAAUAUCAAUUGCAGUGGAAUGAUGUAAACUAUUUGGAGAUCCCAUUUAAUUAUUGUAUUGGGAAUUUGUAAUUUUUCUCAUGGUGGAAGUGCAAAGUACAUUGAUCACCACUAUUGCAAGAACCUUCAUGUUUGGCCUUAUAGAGCCUACUUUUAAAUAAUUUUAAGCUUUUGGUUUUAAGAGGGACAUAGUUAGAUUUGCCAUUUGGACAAGUGGGUGAGGCAAAUGGGGUAACAAAUUGUGUUUGAAAUGUGUUUGUGGAUAGGGGGACUUAAUUUUCUAGUUUACUUCUCAAGGCGACUAACAGUUUUGCAGUUCUACCAGUGGGUGCCACGCGUCUCUCUCAUUGGCUAGCUGAGGUGCCCUUCACUCUCAAGACCUCAUCUGCGGUCUCUUAAGUGUGAAUUAUGUAGAGCGUGUCCACAUUGUAAUGGUAGCGUAUAAAUAAUAAAUGGUUUGUAAGGUGAACACUUUCUUUUUUCU